UCAGCUGUGGCUUGCAGCACUCGCCGUGCAAUGGAAAAAAUUGCUAUUUGACAUGACAAAUGUUUGUUAUUUUAUAAAAGUGUUUGAAGCCAAAGUGCGCCCUCCUUACUAUUGGCACAAAAAAUAAGGAAUUGCUGCUGUAUUUAAGCAAGUGCAGUGGCUAAUUUGUUUUCAACUAUUUCUUGUUGCUGCCGCUGGCCCCUGGCUCUUCUUCUUCUCCUAGUAAACAAUUUUUUUUUGUUGAGGCCGCUGAUUGGAAAAUAGUAACAAAUGGUUUUUCAAAGCUGAACCGCACAAAAAUGGACAACAAAAAAGAUAUUUACAACCUGUGGGUGCAAUACACAACCAAGAAUGACGAAACGUAUUUUCGUGAGUUUGUGGCACGGUUUGUAGACAUUUGGCGCAGUCAAUUGCAACUGGACUUUCAGUCUGAGCACUGUCCGCUAUGGCACGAAGUGCAGCCAGACAGUGGACCACAUCUUGGUCGGCUGCCCGACGAGCUGCUGCCCGCCAUUGGCAAGUUCAUCAUCGUCGCGAGGGAUAAGUGCGACACAGAUAAUCUAGAUGAGCAAGGCAUCGAACAGGUGGCCAUACUGAUUGACUGUCUGGUUAUUGUCUGCCGGCAUUUUGACAAUAUAUUGGCCAUAAUUAAGUACGAGUACAAGCCCAAUCUAAUCGCCAUACUUACAAAGGUGUUUGCCCAGCAAAUGGAACAGCCGCGCUCUUCGCUGGCAAUGAGUCACCUGUUCCGCAGUUUUUCAUCAUUUCUGGAGGUCAUGUACGAUCCUUAUCUAACUUGGCGCAGUUUUCUGCGCAACCAAUUGGCAGAUUAUAGCCGAUUGCCCUACAAGCCGCAUGCGGUGCACGUAGAAAUCGUGCCCUUUAUCUAUGAUUGCUUUCAGAACGAAUCGCUGCUGAAGUUUGCCGACAUCGGCGAGAGUCUGCUGCAUGUGCUGGGCGCCAUUAUCAGCGGCUCUCAGAAAACUCUAAACUCGAACUCAACAUCUAGAAAUACUACUAACGCUCUAAUUACUACAAACGCCCAUCGAUCAGGUGAUGGGCGGCUUCUAAACUGUGAUAAUAAUUUGCGCAAUGGUAUGCGAGCAAUAUGCCCAGCAACUGUUUCCAUCAUCAUGCGCAUCCUGCAGCAGUGGGAGAGCGCGAGCAGCCUGCGCCAUGUGGCCCUCAAUUGUUACGCUUUAAUGGUUAUUGUACUUCAAAAAUCUAGUCCAGAAGAACGCCAAAUAGAUCUAGUUACAUUGAUCCAACUCUAUUGUGAUGCACUGCAGCAGCUGUUGGCGACGACACACUUUGACAGCGGCGCUGCUAGCUUUGAUAUAACCAGCGACACGGACAGCGAUGUGGCUAUCGAUAUGACCGCACUCUCCGCGAGUGUGGCUGCUGUGCAGCUCUUUUUGAAUAGGGACGCUCGAGGCGGCGAUGUCAGCGAGGCCAUUGGCGAGACAAAUCUGCUGGAGCUGUUAAUUGGUUUGCCACAAAGUAUUCGGCCUUGGCACAUAUCCCAUACACCCACUUUGAGCAGCACGAUGGAUGCGUUGGCUGCCUUGACACAGAGCUCGCCACGUUGUGCAGAGCAGCUGCGUCUGGCUGGACGCAUUGAACGCCUCUUUGGCAGCAUGCGGGAAUUUGAAGCACCUUCGAUUGCGCUGCUGGAUGCUUGCUUCAAUCUGGGCUACAAUGCGGAGCAGCAUCUGCUGGUGUUGCCGGAGGUCAUGCUACAGUUGCUGGAAUGGCUGCCUGAUCUUCAGGAGGAGGAGCAGCUGCAUGUCAGCGUGCUGCUGCUCAAGGGCUGCACGGACAACUACGGCACUAAAACUGUUGCCUGUGGCAGUCGCGUGGUCAAAGCUGCUUGCGUUUGCUUGCUGCGCAGCGAGCUGCUCGCCGAGAACUGUGCCCAGAAUCUAAUCAAGCUGAUCGAGGAGCUGAGCAAGCUGAGCAUUGUGCCCGUGGAGCUGAAGUGCAUAUUUGCCCUGCUGCGACAGGGCACAAAGUUUGCACAGUACAAGCAGCUGCAACAGAGCGUCGUCAUGAUUGCGCUGCAGAGCCUGCGCGGCAACAACUGCUGCUCACAAUAUUUCGCCAUUGAGCAGCCAGCGGAUGGCAUCUUAGUGCCGGACAUCAAGAACUGGACACUCUCUGGAUCGUAUGGCUUCAUUUUUCACCUGCUCGUGCGUUUCAAUCCACUCAGUCAGCCGGAGUCGAAUGCACGGCGCAUGCUGCUCACCUUGCACACGGCCAGCGGCUGUGGGUUUGAGGUCUUCGUGCAGCCCAACGGCAACGUGGUGGUGGCUGCCCUAACGCGUCGCGAAUACCUGACCACAGCAACAGCCACCAAAACGUUGCUGAAUGGACAAUGGCAUUACCUAACAGUGGCCAUAACGCCGCCGAAGCGUCCCUUCUCCUACAGCCAGAUCAAUAUCUAUGUAGACUUUGUGCAGAAGCUGAGCGCCACGCUGAAAGUGCAGGCUGUGAAUGAACCCUUUACCAUGUGCGGUGUGGGCGCCGUGCUGGCUCCACCACCCAAACAGAGUGAGGCGGGCAAGAGUGGAGCAAUGCCACGUUCCUCCUCCCAGGAGAGUGGAUCGGCCUACAAAGGCAUGCUGCCCAGUCUGCUGGAGCGAACGUUGUCAGCGAAUGUUUCCAAUUACUUUACUCUACCGUUGCGCACCCAAACUGCGUUCGAUCCCAAUGUGAAGAACUUUCCCAUUGGCAUGCAGGAUACGGUGUUUGGGGAGCAGGUUUGCCUGCAAGGCCAGCUGGGUGGCGUGCUGCUAGCAGAGCCCACAACGAGCCUGAAGACCAUAUUCGAUGCCGGCAUAAACUUCAGCUCGAUCUUCUCGCAGGACAACGAUCUGUUGGAGCUGAAUUCACGUUUCGUGUUCUGCUAUGCGCCUGGCGCUGUUUGGCAUGGCACAUGCCAGGAUUUGAUACCAGGUGGCAAAUAUCCAGGCCGCAUAAGUGCGCAGUACUGCAAGACGAUCAAGAUACAGGAUGCGAUCAACAGCAUCGGAGGCAUCAAUGCCAUAUUGCCCAUGCUGCAUCGCUUGAUUAAGGAACAGGAGGCGGACGUUUCCAUUGGAAGCACAAGUGAGGAAGCGGCUCCAACACCAACAACUCCUUCGCUUAGGACGCCCACAGCCGAGGAGUUUACGGACUGGGAAAUGCUGUCGUCCAAUAUGUACACAGAAUGGAAGAUGAUUCAACAUCCCUUGGCCAGUCUGCUCUGCCUGCUGCGCUAUCUCACCCACGAGCAUGAGAACAAUCAGCAGCAGCUGCUGAGCAGCGACUGCCUGGCCAUCAUUGGCACCAUGCUCCAGCGCUGUCCUGCCCAGUUCUUCGAUGUGAACGCCUUAAUGGCUACGCACCUGCUCAUGGAAUCUCUGCAGGCACACAAAUCCACGCCAGCCGGCAAUGCCCAGCUACUGGAUGCGCUGUACGAGCACAUUGUCUUCGACUUUGCCAUUUGGUCGCGUCUGCAGUUCCAAAUAACACUCGGCCAUGCCCAAUACUUGAGUGCGAUGAUCAAGAAUGACCGGAAAUACUUUCGACGACGGUAUGGCGUUCAGUUCAUGUUGGACGUAGUGCGUCAGUAUUACAGCACACCGGAUAACAUCUCCACCGACGAUGCACGCACGAUUCGGGCCACGCUCUUCGGCAUCGUUCGCUUCUAUUUGCAAAAGGAUGUGAACAUCAAGGAGGUGAAUGCUAUAAUUGCCUUCCUGGCCUCGGUGAGGCAAGAGCUGGUGCUGGUCGAGCUGCUGGAGAUGCUGACGUUGUAUGUGCGCGGCAAGAACUGCAAGGAUCAGAUGGUGCUGCUGCUGCACGAGCCCCAAAGCGCCAAUCUCAUCUAUAAUUUCUUCGUGGACAAGAGCUACAGCAGCGAGGUCCAAGAGGCGGCCAUACGAUUCCUUGGCGCCUUGCUGGCGACGUCGCGUGUGCAUCAGAAGUAUAAGCAGGUGUUGCGCCUGUACGAUUCGAGCAGCGAGCAGAGCAUGUUUCCCGGCUUCUUUUCGUUUAUAACGCCCAUGUCGCUGAGCUCCACGAUAUUGUUUUACCUUGUGGACGAAAUGCUGGGCGCCCAGCCGGACUAUGGCGGGCUCAUGUUUGUCGUCUAUCAUGUGAGCAGCUGUGAUCUGCAGGUGAAGCUGGAAAUUGCCAAGCGGCUGCUGCAAACGACGUUUGUCAAGCAACAAUCGACGCUGGCGAUAGCCAAGCAAACCGGCUGGCAGGAGUCCAUUGCUCGCCUGCUCAUUCGAAAGCCCAUCACGAGCAUUCCGCCGGUUGAGGAGCGUCGUCGCAGCUUUGGCAUCAAUAUGGAUGUGUUGCUGGAGGACAACUCCAGUUUUCUGGCGCAGGCUGAUCUGAUUACGUUCUCGGAUCAGGAGAUUGGACUGGCCCAACUGCAGCAGCAGCAACACUCACAGGACGAGCAGAGCGACAGUGGACUGAUACUCAAUGAGAUUCAAGCGAGCGUCUCCGAGGCAGCCACUGUGAUAGAGAGCGAGAUUAAGGAACUCGCCGAAUCUGUCUCUGGCGCUGUCGUCGAGAACGUGAAUAGCGUCUUCUCGGUUAUACGCCAGACCACGCACGACAUUCAGGACACAUUCGAGUCGCUUACGCUGGGCAGCUCCACGGAAACCACCGAGAAUACGCCUAGUGUUUCACUGCAGCGCGAGGAGUCUUUGAGCUCCGAAAGCUCUACACAGUCCCCACAUGGACUAGCCAAAAAGAGCGACUCCAUGGAGAGCACCUCUGGCUUUGACUUUAUGGCCGAGGGCGAUGUGGACAGCGAGGAGCAGCUGGUUUAUCUGGUUUCAAACACGCUAUUCAACGUUUUCUGGCGCGGCAUUGGCAACGAUCAUCCGCAGUGCUGGCAGGAGCGCGGUCAGGUGCUCGGCUGCAUUAAUUUGCUGGCAUUAAACAAUGAGCUAAUCACCUCGCACUUGUCGCUGCGUCUGCGCAUCUUGGAAAUGGCAGUGCAAGCUUCGCUAUUCGAUCUCUCGGAGCAUGGCAGUCAAACACACAUCAAUCAGGAGAACGCCUCAAACAUUCUGCGCAUGGUCUAUGAGCUGGUGGUGCUUGGCUCCAAUGAGGAUGAGUCCAAGAAGUGCUCCACCAAGCUGUUGGAUGGCGUGCUCGCUCUACUCGAUGCCCUGAUGAUAUUCCAGCAGGGCUCCUCGGAUGAUUGGUCGGAUAUGAUUCGCUUAUAUCUGGGUCUGUUGCUCAAAUGCUCGCAUCAUCCGAACCCUGGUAUUGUAGCCAUGGCCACAGCCAAAUUGCAUGCCAUACUUCAAAGUCGCUCCACAGAGGAUCCUGCCGAGCUUUCCUAUCUGCUCUACAGCAUCAAUCGAGCGCUCGAUAAUGCUAUUGAAGUUGGCAAUCCGGAGGAGUAUUCGUUCUUGAUGCCUGUCAUGAAGGCGCUGCUGGAGAAAUGCCGCUCUGCCUUCAAUUUGGACAGCACUCUGCCUGAUCUUCCAUCCACGUCCUCUGGUCCGGUAUUCUUCAAUGACUUUCAAAUGUACAGCACAAGCAAAAAGUGGCGCAACUUUAUGGAACGUAUGGUGAAGCCACUCUACGAUCGCUACCAGCGCGAGAUCGAGCUGCAUCUGUGGGAGCCCAUUAAUCGCUUCUGGGCGGAGUGCUAUGAGGCGUGCAAGGCGGCAUCGAAGCAGCGGGCCAGCUUCCAGGCCACGAACCGCCGGGUGUUCCAGCAGAAGAUCUACAUGCCGUGGAAGGUGCGACAGGUGGAGGAGAUGCAGCGCCUGCAAAAUGCUGCACUGCAGCGCAAAACGAACGACAGUCACAUACGGAAGAAAUGGAAGACCGCCAAGCGUUUCUUGUACGGCCCUAGGGGACCGUGGUUUACCGGCGAGAUUGGUGAAGAGUUUUGGAAACUGUCACCACACGAGAAUGUGGCACGCAUGCGCCUCAAGCUGGAGCCGCAGCUGUAUCCCAAUAAGCACGAGAACGCAGCCAAUUUGCGGGACAAUGCGACCAGUGCUUACGACACAAAAGAAAUAUCCGAAUUCGAUUCCACUAUCAAAAAUGCUGUGGUGCGAGAUUUUCUGGCCGAUGACGAAAGCUCCCAGCUAGAGGAGGAGCUGCGGCAGUUAAUUGACACGCAAUCGCAGCAGGAUACGGCACUGGAGAAGCUGGUCAUGUCUCAGGAUUGUGAGCUGAUCACGCUUAUGACCAAGGUCAAGGGUCGCAUUGAAGUCAAUCAGAGCGUCUUCACGUUUGUGGACAUGAGUCCCCCAUUGGAGGAUGGCUCCAAGCAUGAUUUUAGGUUUUCCAUUAAUAAAAUACGUGAAGUUCAUCUGCGCAAGUAUAAUCUGCGACGCAGCGCCUUGGAGAUCUUUCUGAUAGAUCAGACAAGCUAUUUUCUUAACUUUACAACUAAGACCCGUAACAAGGUGUUUACUAAGAUUGUUGGUUUACCCUUGCCGAACAUACUCUAUGGCUCUGGACGUUCGCCGCCUGAGCUGCUGCGCGCGUCGGGUCUCACUCAGCGUUGGGUCAAUCGUGAAAUAUCCAAUUUUGAAUACCUAAUGUACCUAAAUACCAUAGCUGGCCGCUCUUAUAAUGAUCUUAGUCAAUAUCCCGUUUUCCCCUGGAUUCUGGCUGACUACACCAGCGACGUAUUGGAUCUAACGGAUCCGCGCUCCUUUCGUGACUUGUCCAAGCCCAUUGGAUGUAUCAAUCCCAAGAAUGAGGCUGAGGUGCGCGGCAAAUACGAUUCGUUUGAAGAUCCCUCUGGUGCCAUACCGAAAUUUCACUAUGGCACACAUUACUCCAACUCGGCGGGCGUGCUGCACUAUCUGCUGCGCGUUGAGCCCUUCACCUCGUUGCACGUGGAGCUGCAGAGCGGCCGCUUCGAUGUGGCUGAUCGACAAUUUCACUCCAUACCGCAGACAUGGAAGCUAUUAAUGGACAAUCCAAAUGAUGUCAAGGAGCUAAUACCCGAGUUCUUUUACUUUCCAGAGUUUCUGAAGAACAUGAACAAAUUCGACUUGGGACAUUUACAAAUUACGAAGGAAAAAGUCGACGAUGUCAUUUUGCCCGCUUGGGCUACCACGCCGGAGGAGUUUAUUGCCAUACAUCGGCGUGCCUUGGAGUCGGAAUAUGUUAGCCAGCAUUUGCAUCACUGGAUUGAUUUGAUCUUUGGUUACAAGCAGAAGGGCGCCAAAGCUGUGGAGGCUCUAAACGUCUUCUACUAUUGCUCCUAUGAGGGCGCCGUGGAUCUGGACAAAAUAACCAAUCCCAUUGAACGGGAAGCUGUGGAAGGCAUGAUAAACAACUUUGGACAAGUGCCGUCUCAGCUGCUACGGGAGCCGCAUCCCCGUCGACUCACUCAGGACGAGACGGCUGUGAAGUUGCUGCGCUCGGAGUUGAAGCGACCCGAUCUUACACAGUUCCUGGACAAAGUGGUGCAGUACUACUGCGAGCUAUCCACGCCCAAGGAUCCCAUUGUCUAUUUAAGUCCGCCUCGCAGUCCGCCACGCUCCUUUCUGCAGCUCAGUCCCGAUGUGCUGGUCAGCGUUUCGAAAGGUUGCAUCCUGGGCUGCAACUCGUGGAUGUCCUUUGACAAAGAGCAAGGAUUUUUGCUGGAAAUCGAUGCAACUACGACAAAUCUUAAAAAUCGCAAGCGCAUCUUUGGCCCCUUCCACCCCUCCCAGCCGCCCCAUUCGCAGAACUUUGCGGUCAGCACAGAUGGCAAAUUGCUUUACGCCGGCGGCAUAUGGGACAAUGCACUGCGUGUCUAUAGCCUAAACAAGGGCAAGACCUUGGCCUCUGUCACCCGCCAUUUGGACAUAAUCACCUGCCUGGCUUUGGAUAACUGCGGCUCGUAUCUGGUCACCGGCUCACGCGACUGCACUUGCAUUGUGUGGAGCAUACAGGGCAAUCAGCAGAGCGCCGCCCCGCCCAACAACAUUCCAGUGCACGCCUUGACGGGUCAAUCCCAUCUGCAGGCCAUCACGCAGCUGAAUACACAGAAUAGCUACUCACCAAAGCCGCUCACUGUGCUCUAUGGACAUGACGAUGCGGUGUCCAGUGUGGCCGUCUACACAGAGCUGGAUCUCGUUGUCUCGGGCUCGCUGGAUGGCACUGUUAAUGUCUACACCCUGCAGGAGGGCCAAUUUGUGCGUACUCUCAAGCCCAUUGGCUGCACCGAGUCUUGUGUGCAAAUCUCCUACGUAACUGUUUCAUAUCAUGGUCACAUCGCCUUCAGUGCUUUGGACGAUACUUCGCACUCGGUGCACGUGUAUAGCAUCAAUGGAGCCAGCCUGGGCUCCAAGUAUGUGUCCGGGCGUGUCACAGGACUGGCCACUGCCUCGGACUAUCUGGUGGUGGCCGACGAUGCCGGCGACAUAACCAUGAGCCGCCUACACGGGCUGAAGCCCGUCUUUGACAUUCCGCUGCAUGUGCCCAUCCAGACGGUGGUCGUAACACCUGGCAAUACGCAUAUCCUGGCGCCCCUACGUGACGGCCGCCUGGCCGUGGUGGCCGUGCAGCUCCCCCUAGCCGGCAGCAAAAAGCAUUCCGUGCUCAAUGUCUAGGCGGCCUCGACUCUAAGCUUUCCAUAUCACAAUAGUUCUUUAGAUUCCCUUUUUAAUGCUUGACUUUUUGUGUCCCUUUGCCCAUUUGUUUCUUAUAGAUGUAUAUUUAUUUUUCGUGUCGUUACGUGCCAAAAAAUCAAA